AUGCCAAGUCGCCUCGCUCGACUGCCUCUCUCUUUCUCACGCUACAUCGCUUCCCAACACUCUGCACGACCAGCCAUGACAGACACCGCCUUCCGUCCCUCGUUCUCGCACUUUGGCGGGCCAGAGAUCGCGAUGAUGGAGCGCUUUACGGGAGGUCAAGCCGUCCAGAGCUUACUCGAGCUGAGCGGUAUCUACGAAGCGAUCGAGAAGGCGGACAAGCCUGUUGACGUUGUCGAGAACGCGGCGGGCGCGGGAGUCCUCACCAGUGCGCUGAAGGCGAAGGUGAAGGGUGAGGGGAAGGUCAAGAUCGUGAUGGGGGAUGUGGAGGAGAAGAUGGUCCAGCUGGCGAAGCAGAGGAGGGAGGUCGAGGAAUGGAAGGACGUCGAGGUCAAGGUCAUGGACGGGAUGAACGUCCCGCUCCCCGACAACUCGUUCGACUUUGCCUUCAUCCACUUUGGCCUGCAACUCUUCCCCGACGCAGCCAAAGGCAUCUCCGAAUGUCACCGCCUCCUCCGCCCUUCCGGCGUGCUCGGCUACACCAUCUGGCAUUCCCCCGGCUUCCUCCCCCUCCUCCAACGCGCCGACCCGUCCUUCCGCAUGCCUCCCACCUUCUCGAAUCCCUUCACAUCCCUCUCAACCCUCUCCACCACCCUCACCCACCACGGCUUCCUCAACCCGCGCACCGCGCCUCUCGAAGUCCCAGCACAUUUCGAGUCGACGGACAAGUUCUUCGAGAUGAUGAAGCUGGGAGUGAGGGGGUUGUUCAUGGAUGAAGAGAGGAACGAGAGGAUGAGGAAGUUGUUGGUUGAGGAGCAUGGGGAGGGACCGUUUACGCUUUGGUGGAGGGGCGCGAGUGUGGUUGCUAUCAAGGCGGAGUAG